AAGAAAGCACAGGAUUAGCAAAUCCUUUUUACCAGACUCUCCUCUUGUCUCUCACGCGCGCAUACAGUGAGUCUGGAGCCCUAACGAAGAGUCUUCAUAGCAUUUUUCGCGUCGUUUUUGCUUUACCGUUUCGAUAUUGAUUUCGCUAACGAUCGCUUGUCCGACGACGUUUUUCAGAUUGCGUUUGAGUUCGAGGGAAAAGGUGAAUGGAUGCCUCAAUUGGGUCUCAUCAGCAGGAGCCUAUCUCCCAACAAAGGAAUCCUGGGCAUGUAAAUGAUAAGUAUGGGUUGGGUGUUGACUCUGUCAAAGAAGUUGCUUCUAUUUCAAGCUUAGAGGCUAAGCCUGAAGAUUCUGGUAUGAAUGCUCGGGUGGAAGCUUUGUGGGAGCAAAUGAAUAAGCAAAUACAUAAUAAAACUGCCAAACCCUUUGCAGACAAGCGUCAUUCAACUGUGAAUAUAACUGCAGAGAAGAAGUCUGAUGUGAGGAGUUGGAUGAGAUAUUUGGGCCUGGUGCCUAAGGAGGCAACAUCCUCUGGGCAGGAGAGACAACAGCAAGGAACUGGUGUGAUUCAAAAUGACACCAGUGAUGAAGAGAACAAAGUUACUACCUUGUGGGAGCAAAUGAAUAGAGGAGUAUCUAAUAAGACUAUCAAAUCAUCUUCAAAUAAGAUUGGUCCAACUGUAGAUAUACCUUCAGAAAGACGAUCUGAUAAUUGGAGGUCAUAUCUCGGCCUGGCCCCCAAGAGAGAUAGAACCCUUGAGCAAGAUGCAUUGCAGAAUGGAACAAGUGAUGUGCAGAAUGGCACCAGUGAUGAGGCCAAGAGACUUGCUGCUGCUGCUCUUGCAGCAGUUAAGGAUGCUGCACUGGCUACGUCAAAUAGGGGUAAAGUUGAGAUUACAGAGGUUCGGGACUUUGCAGGACAAGAAGUUGAAUACAAGAAGCUUGUUGAUGUGGACUCAAGGGAAGCAUUUGAAAAGACCAAAGCUCCUGCACCAUCUGCUGUUGAUGCUGUUUUAGAGCAAAUCAAGAAGAAGCAAAAGCUCAGUGUCCUUGACAAGACGAAGAAGGAUUGGGGAGAAUACAAGGAGAACAAGGGAGUGGAAGAGGAGUUAGACGCUUACAAGAAGAGCUCAAACCAGUACCUGGAAAAGGUAUCCUUCUUGCAACGAGCAGAUGUCCGAGAAUUUGAGAGGGAGAGAGAUGCACGGUUGGCUCAACAAGCCAGGAGGAGACCAGACAUGCGGGAGGAUCCAUGAAUUUGUGAUUGUCCUGGAGUGCUAUCUCAAUGCAUGGAGAUAUUGGGAAGGCCAGAAAAUUUAGAAAGGAAAAGAAAAACCUUGUAGGCAUCUGUUUAAGUACCUCAGGCAAGUCUUUGGCAUCGAUCGGGAUAUGGUGAAUCAGUGUUGUGAUUGAGAACUUCCUCAGUAUGCAUCUUGUCGACGUGCAGUCCAGCUACAUAGGAAGAGAGGAGGAUUAUCUGAAGUGUACCUUUUGGUCGUCUCUGCUUGUGCUUGUCGUCCAGUAGAUCCAGUUUUUUUCCUUGUUUGUAGACCUUUUCUAUUCUUUAGUAAUAUUUACCUGAUGUGGCCUGGCUACAUGGGCACGAGGGAUCAUUAGGUAUUAAUCCCGUCGAUAUAUUGGUCCGGAUGAAUGAAUAGUUUAUUAGCAAAAAAAACUGGUAAUUGAACUCCAAA